AGGAACCAUGUUGACCCCUUUUGUAAGUCACCUACCCCCGAUCACUAUCCUCGUGUGAACUUCUGAGUCAUGGCGUUUACAGCAAAACGAUCUCCGACUUUUGAUUUUCAGUCAUGCAUAAGACAGAAAUGAAAAUCUCAAUCUGUUUCUUCUCCUGCCCUUGUGGCCGUGUGGAAAAAAGCAAGGGCGGCCAUGGUGCUAAGUGCAGCACAAGGAUGUGAACGUAAAGAUAUGCAGUGUUGAAGCUUUGUAUUGUUGCGGUUCUUUCCAAUUACAAAUGGAAACAAAAAGAACAAUCCAAAUGUUUAUCCUGUUGCUGUCAAGAACAUGACUCGGAUAGUUUCGCCUGGAUAGUGCCUCCCCCCCUCGCUCGCAGUAGGCCGCAGAACAACAGCAGUAACUCUACUAUUUCAGCGACAUCGCAUGACAACUGCCACUCCACCCAGGAUACUGAUCAAUCUAGAACUAUUAGCGAUGCAGAUAUAACACAAUUUCACGAUGAAACGCAUACUAGUGGUCAACUGCAAGAAGCGAGAUCAGGACAGCAGAGCGAAAGUGAUAAUAAUCAGCACGACACUUCUUCUAAAAACGCCGUCGAUACUAGAGCCUCAGGAGCCUCCCUAAAAACUACAUCAAGUAGAUCUAGUUGUACAAGAAGAAUAGAUAGUAGCGCCGCACCAGAUGUUGAGAACCAAAACAGUAACGUAGUAGAAGUAGUAGAGAGACACAGACAUCAGCGCGAAGUUGUACUGGUAUCAGGAAGCAAUAGUACCGCGGACGAGCAGGAAAAUGAAAACUGUACUUACGAUGGGCAAAGCCAAAGCAGGGCCACAAGGCGGGUUUGUUCUGCGUCUGCCGACGAAGAUGAAUCUAGCACGACCAACAUUAGAGGCGGUGGACGUCGAGUAGCAGGACCACGGCAAGAUACUAUUAACCACGCUAGUACCAGCACCAGAGCUGCUCAUGUUGCAAGACUAGCUGCUGCUGCGCACCACGAGAACAACGAGUUAUUUGCAGCUCGCCACGAUAAGUUGUGCCUCUUUUUCGCGACCCUCGUGACCUACUUUGGGACCCUGUACGCGCAAGUAAUCUUGAGAUAUGCAUUGCAAAAGUAUCGUCAUUGUGCUAGUAGUAAUCGCAUUACAAAUUAGCUCAGCGUGAAAAAUGAAAUUUGUAAUGCUGUUUUACCUUGGGAUGAGAAUUUGUAAUGCAUGAUUGCGAUUACUACGAGUACGAUACUUUUGCACAGGAUAUGAGAACGACCUCGGUAAUUCUCGCGGGGACCUGUAGAUUCAAUUGCUUUGAUUUUUUGCUUAUCAAAUGCAAAUAUGGCUGGGUCUGGAAGGUCGCAACUUGUCAUGCCGUUUUUGGAUUCUAAAAGAAUUUGUAUUGUGUGACCAGCAAGAGGGGUCCAGCUUGUUCUACGCGGACAUGGCAUUUCUCAUGCGGAAGGCGCAGCAGGAAGCUCUCUAAAAGUCUGUGAUGUUAGGUGCUGCAUUCCAGACCUCAUGGGUCAUGAGAAAUAUGCAUGACAAAUCUGGCAUCCUUCCAGACCCAGACAUGUUUGCAUUCGAUAUUGCUCUGCAGUCCGUUUUUGAUCCGCCUCGUGCACUGCGGUCUGGUAUCAAAGUGAAAAAAGCCCCCUCGUCCCCAUAUUGAAACGGAAAUUUCUGUUGCUGGAUUUGUGUACACAAAUCAGAUUUCUCUUGCUGGAGAGGACUGCAGGCCUAUAGGAAGCCUGAGUAGAGAGGUUUUGGGCUAGGCGCCGAGCACGGCAAACGUCUAGUCUGUAGGGCCAACAGCAUCACAAACCGACUGCAGGAUGCGGCGGAGCCCGUCGCGUUGCGUUCUUGCAAGACAGAGACGAUUUGUGGUCACAAAUCGGCAUUGCAAAUUUUUUGAGACGCGCCUUUUCGAUAUGGCGAGGGGGGAUUUUUCCUCACGAUAUCUGGUGUAUUGCAUGGUCUACCUAGUCCUGCUGAUCACUGUAGUCUGUUCCUUUUUCAAGUUUGCGGUCCUACAAAGAAGAAGCGAAGCGAUCGGAAUUUGUACCAUGGUCACGAACUUCUACACUUGCGGGUGUGUGUAGAAUAGAAAAAAGCAAGUACUACAACUCACUCUAUAAUUGGUAGUUGCUGGUUCUUUUUGCAAAUACAACUAUAUUACUCAGAGUUCGUGAGAAGUUGUUAAUUCCCUCACUUGAAGAUGAUACACAACGACCACCCCUAAUCUCACCGAAAUCUUACCACUUCGAGGACACAAAUCCCAUCGAGCUUUAUAUUUUUCUCGCCUUAUUAUAUUUUGCUCGCUUGGAUCAUCUACUCCUACACCUACUUCUACUUACUUCGGAGGUCGUGUAGCUCCAAAUCACAAGUCUAUUUUUCCUAGCAGCGACGAUAAAAAACAGAAGAGCUACCCUGCUCCGCACCAUUGCCGCCAAUCUAUAACAGCACGUGGUAUUCUUGAUUGAUCCUGAAAGUACUAUAGCUACAUCAACCGCGUGGUUGAUAGAAGGCCAAGAAGAUCAAGAUGUAAGCCGGACUAGUACAAGCACAGAGCAGGAGCGGCCAGAAGCAAUUAUACGGCGACUAGGUGGGUGAUAGAUCAUGGAUCUGUACUAGUAAGACGACGGCUGUGAAAAUAGAAAAGUAAAAGUAAAACCGAAGGAACUACAGCACCAUAAAGAACUUCUACACGACAGACGCGAUGAUAAAAUGAGGAAGCGCUUUAUUUUUUACACGACCCGGUUGUAUUGAGAAGAUCUUCAUUUUGGUGUUUUGUCGUCGAGAAGAUUUAGAUAGUAGUUUGCUGUCAAAUGAAACAAAUCGCAUUCGAAAAAACCAACAGCGGCCUCAGGAAUCAACCGGGUAAGUAAGUAGUAGUAGUGUCCGUCACAGAUUAUACUUCGGAUCUUCGGCGACGGAGUCUUCAUAGUGACUUGCUAUUACGUAUUACUUCUACACACUCAACAUUUUUAUCUUAGACUAGCGUUUUUUCGAAAACACAAGUAGAAAAAGCAGAAAGACAUACGGUAGGCACAACACAAAAAUCAGCACUUUCUUCAACAUCAGCGCUCGCACUCACCUUGUACAAGGAGUAUCAAGUAGGACUUCGUUAGUUGUACUUGUUUUCCCAUCUUCAUCGUCCCGUUCUUCGCGGUUGAUGUCGAUAGAUGCAAGGCACCAGCAGUAUAGAACAGAUACAAUUACAAGUAGAGUUACAGGCGUUCUUGUUGACUACGAUCGACACUAUUUUUAACUUUUGACAACAUCACACAACCAUCAAAAAGAAUCUGAUCAAGACCGUACUAUAUUUAGAAAAAACAAUAUGCAGUAGACGCUCACUCGCUAAUCCAUAGAGCUUUUUGUAGGACACUACCUCCACCGGCACCGGCAAUUACGUUGGUAGCUGCAGAUAAAGAAAAAUCUGGAAACAGGAUCAGGAUAGCUGUUUCUGGAUCUGGACUAAAAUUCUACUUUGUCUUGCUUUUAUUAGGUGGCCUCCUGCAAUAAACUUGCUUCUUAUAGCCUGUGGCCGCACCGCUGCAUGAUACUAUUUUUAGACCGCACACUCGACCAAAAAAACUGACUCGGACAAUAACAAUAGAAGAACCAGAAUCCACUACUUUUUGUUGUACUAGGGAUAUUAACACAAUAAACACCUGCUCUCCGCGUCCACUUCAUUUAUGUUACAAGACCUCAACCCCGCCCCAUAAAAAUUGUUGUGAAAUUCAAGAGAUAAGACCACCCGAAAGAUAAAAGGUUACUACCCACCUUAAGCACUUCGUCCAUAAUAUCUUCUCACACCUGUUAGGUUACUGGUCGUGAGAUACUGUUCUACUUUCUUCCCCUUGGAACUACGUAGAUUAUCCUGAUUAAAAACGUCCCCACACCAGAGUCAAGAUGGGGAUUUUGCAACACAAACCUAGGAGUUUUGUGAGUCACGCAUGACAAAAUGCAGUCCGUAAGGUAGUGCAAGUUAGCAAGGAAAGCCGCAGCACAAAUCAAUCUGCUGAUCCUGUUUACAGCAUUACAAGUUCCCAAACACGAUUGAAAAUGGCUGUCAUGGGGUUGCGCAUUACAAAUGUUCCUGUCAUGGCAAAUCUGAAUGGCAACUCUGGGGUGGGGACGUUUUUACACAGGAUAUAGAUCGAUAUUGAAUCUUAUAUCACGCGUUUUCAUCAUAUGCGAUUACGUUUAGCAGUUUCCAUAUCGAAUGCAAAAAUGUCUGGGUCUGGAAUGUUGCCGGGUUUGUCAUGCAUAUUUUGCAUGACCAAGGAUUGUUUGUGAUGCAUGCCCUACCAUCACAGACUUUUAGAACCCUUCCUGAUGCCUAGUCCGCAUGACAAAUGCCCUCCCCGCGUAGCACAAACGAGACUCCUCUUGCUGGUCAUGCAAUACAGAUCUUUUUAGAGUCCAAAGUUAGCAUCACAAGUUCCAACCUUCCAGACCCAGACAUUUUUGCAAUCCAUAUUCCAAAAAUAUAUACUGAAGCACUACUAUAUUGACCACGCUGCACCACUGACUUUUCCCGAAAUCAAUAUCCUGAAUCGCGAUAAUAUUGGGCAUCAAAAAUAAGAUAUUCAUAAGCUACCUAUCAAAUUUGAAUUCGCGAUUUUAGCAGCAGCACUUACGAUAAGGUGUGGACGACAGAAAUAUUGCCGUCUGACAAGGAAACUUCA